AUGGAUUGCUACGGGAAGUAUGCAGCUGUCACUUUGACCAUUUUGUCUGUGUUUCUGCAUCUUCUUCAUGCUUUCCCAGAUGGAGAGUUUCUCAUGCAAGGUUGUCCAGAGUGCAAGCUAGGGGAGAACAGAUUCUUUUCCAAGCCAGGAGCACCCAUUUACCAGUGCACUGGGUGCUGUUUCUCCCGGGCCUAUCCCACUCCGAUGAGGUCCAAGAAGACCAUGCUCGUUCCAAAGAACAUUACAUCAGAAGCAACGUGCUGCGUAGCAAAGGCUUUUACCAAGAUUACCCUUAAGGACAAUGUGAAGAUAGAGAACCAUACAGAUUGUCACUGCAGUACCUGCUACUAUCAUAAAUCCUAA